CAAAACGCUGCCAAGGUUUCGUUUGGAUAGUCAUGGGUUCCCGCGAGCGGCGUUCGAGGCCCCGCUCGCCGAUUCGUCGAGGUCGCGAUGAGCGGGACGACUUCAGAGGCUAUAGAGAUGACAGAGGACGAGACAGGUCAGUGGAAGGAUGAGCCAGCGGACAAAGGCCGUGUGUGACUCUCCGACUGUGUGUUGCUACAGGCGUCGCAGCCGUAGCCGUGACGCCUCGCCGGGAGGAUACAGCAACACAUCACCCAGGUGCGCGAGGAGAAGGAGGCAGAAACAAACAACACACACACAUGGUUCCGUCAAUCGUGUCCACAUGCCGUUUGGCGCCUCUGCGCAGGAUGAAUGGGUAUGGUGGUGGUGUGCCUCGUGAGUUUGGUCGUGGCGGCAGUGGGAGGGAGGAGGACGCCCGCCGGUACAUUCCAUACGGACCCAACGUGGACAAGUGAGUACCUCACACACGAGGGAUGGCAGAGGAAAGGAACGACGCUGGGAUGCGAUCGACGCGGUGCCUCUCUCUCUCGUGUGUGUGUGUGUGUGUGUGUGUUCAGGGAGACCUGGGCGAAGAAUGAGGAGUGGCUCAAAUCGUACGCUCACACACACACACACACACACACACACAAGAAAGAAAAGGAAUUGUCAUUCAUCUCCUCUCUGCUUGACACCUGUGUGUUGGUCGAUGUGUGGGUGUGUGUGUGUGUUCAGUCGCAAUGAGGAGCGUCGCCGCGCCCCGUUCGACAUCCGCUCCAUCUGGCGGCAGUCAGAGUCACGCUCACCCUCGCCAGAAGGAAACGCCCCGCUCUCACGGUAUGUCUGAACGCCCACACACCUAUGAAGACGGCAGCUGCCUUUCCUUUGCCUGAUAUCCCUUCCCUCCUCUGUGUGCGUGUGUCGUGUCAGUGAGGAGGAGGCUCGCGAGGCCAAGUGGAAGGCCCGCAUGGCCGAGAUAGUUGCCAAGGACGCCAAGGACAACCAGCGGACUAUCGAGACCGACAAAGUGACCGGCGAGCACAUCCUCUUCCCAAUGAGAGACAAACCCAAGAAGGUACCCACCGUCGCAUCACAUCACACCACAUGACCACACACACAUCGACGUGCACACACCUUUCUUUCCACUGUGUGUGUUGAUACCACCAGAGUGGCGGGGCGUCGUCUGACUGGCUGGAGAAGAAGCCCCCCGGUGCUGAGGACUUUGGCGCCAUCGAGAAGGAGGCCGAGAAGCGCCUCAAGAAGUGGCAGAAGAAGGAUCAGGAGCGGGAGAGAAAACGCAAAAGUGAGCACACCACAGCACCACCACACCGCUACAAGCUCGAGAGCGGCGUAAGCCAUUUUGGGUGCUUUGUUUUCAGAGCGUCGUGGGGAGGACAGUGAGAGCGAUUCUGAGAGUGACGCCAGCAGCGAGGAGAGCGACUCGGAAGACGACAAGCGGCGAAAAAGUAAGCACGCCCCACACCACCACCCACCCAACUCACACACAUGCCUCGCCCUACCUCUCUCUCUCAGAGCGGCGUCGCAAGGACAGGUCGAAGCGCCGUGACAAGAGGAGCAAGCGCUCGUCCAAGGACAAGGACAAGGGCAAGGACCGCCAUAGGGGCACGAAGCGCCGCAGCAAGAGGCGCGACGAGGAGAGCGAGAGUGAGAGCGACAGCAGCAGCCGCUCGGACAGCAAGGAGGAGAAGGAGGCCAAGAAGGCCAGCGUCAAGGAUGAGGGUGGUGCUGGUGGUGGUGGCGAGGAGGUCGACACCCUCGCCCUCAUCCGCGAAGGCAAAUUCGUCGAAAAGACAGGUAUGUGCGCUCACACCAUCACACAAGCACCCCUGCGCCUUUUCUAGUCUCUGUGUGUGUUCAGCCGAGCCGGCCCCGCCAGCUGCCCCAGCAGCGUCAGCGGCAGCCGCCGCCCCUGCAUCGGCAGCAGCAGCAGGUGAUGCGGGUGCGGCUGACGGGACCAUGGACAACGGUCUCCCCACUGCGUUUGAGGAUGAGGAUGAGUUCCUCCCCGGCCCCCAGCCGCUGCAGGCCAACGUCAAACUCCAGCAGCAGAACCUCGAGUAGGACAUGACGACAAUCACACACACGAACGGCCCCUGAACAGGGGGGCCUCACGCCUGUGUGUGUGUGUGUGUGUGGUGCAGCUAUGGUGGUGCAUUGCGUCCUGGUGAGGGUGAGGCCAUCGCUCAGUUCGUGCAGGCCGGCAAGCGUAUCCCUCGUCGCGGUGAGGUCGGCCUCACCGCUGACGAAAUCGAAAACUUCGAGACCCUCGGCUACGUUAUGAGCGGAUCACGGUGCGCAGACACACCCACCCACCCACCCACCCACACACGUGGCACGUGUGCAUGACCUUCUCUCUCUCUGUGUGUGUGUGUGUGUGUGUGUAGACACCGUCGCAUGAACGCUAUCCGUAUCCGAAAGGAGAACCAGGUGUACAGUGCGGAGGAGCAGCGUGCGCUGGCCAUGUACAACUACGAGGAGAAGGCCAACCGCGAGACACAACUCAUCGCCGACCUACGAGAAAUGCUCAGUAAGCACUCUCGACCCCCCACACACACAACACGGCGCACAGAGAGAGGUCGAAUAGCGAGCGGCGCCGACCCACUCAUCCGUGUGUGUGUUGGUGUGUUGGUUUGUGUGUGUGAUGGUGGCCUCUCAGAGAAGCAGAACGAGCAGGUGUUUGUGGAGGACAUUGAGGGCAAGUUUGCUUCCUCGGGCGAGCAGAAGAAGUUCGUGUGAUCUGAUCACCUCCUGGGGCUGUGGCAAAAGUGUUGGGCGGGAGGAUUGGGGGCAUUUUUCGUGCAUGCGUGGGG